GCAUGACGCCUCGUUUACAGACGGCGAGGAACAUUCGCCACCUCCAAAGAAGCGCAAGACCAGUAGCAAGAAGAAGAGCGCGAAGAAUGAUGGCCGACAACCAUACGGCGCUGCUCCGAUUGGCACAAUGAUCGAAUGGUGAGUCUGUGGUGGGAAAGCUCUCAACCAACCACUUCACUUCGCUGACGGAGGCAUUGCACAGGAUCCCGGGACGCAUGCGCAAGCAGCCAAAGAUCUGGGAGCUGCCCAAGCCAGAGAAGGCUUUCAAACCUGACUGGCAUGCCGACGCUGCUGAGAGACGAGGCGAAGCUCGCAUCAAUGCUAUUCCGAGAUUGGAGGAGGGCGAAGAAGAGACUCGGAUCCUGUCGUGCGUAACACUACCACUUGAUCCACUCCUUCUGCUUACACUUUCUAGUGAUAUCGAUGAGGACUCGGACAAGUACCAGAAGGCACGCGAGAAGGCCCGAACUGAGCGCAUGGUCGUGCUGGAACGCAGUCGGGAUGUCGAACAAGACUGCCAUGCUCAUCACGACGAUUGCCCGGUCGAGACACUCCUGAUCUCUGGCAGCAAGGGAAACGUUUACACCGUUCGUGUUUCUCACAUUGUCACCUGCAACUGCCCGGUCAGCAUCUUCGAGAGGAAGGGCACUGAGGAGCACUGCAAGCAUGCUCUGUACGCCCUACACACGGUACUUCGCAUUCCAGACCAUUUGCAGUAUCGCAACAGCUUUCUGCACUCGGAGUUGAAAGCGAUCUUCGCCAACUCGCCUCCACUCCCUGCCCAAGUUGCCGAAGAGAGCGAGAAGGAUGGCAAUCGCAAAGCAACCGAUGGAGACUGUCCAAUAUGCUUCAUGGAGUUCGAAGAAGGCGAGGAUCUCGUCUGGUGCAAGGCUUCUUGUGGCAACAAUCUUCAUGCUCAGUGCUUCAAGCAGUGGGAGAAGGCGAAGCAUCCGGUGACUUGUCCCUACUGCCGCGCCUACUGGCAAGGCGAGAAGAGCAAGGGACAAGAGACUGCGACGAUGACCAAUGUUGCGAUGCCUACCGAGCGCGGAAAGGGUGGCUACUACAACGUUGCUGCGCAGCUGGGAUACUGAUGGGAGUGGCGAAUGAUCGGCUCCCGCAUUGAUAGUGCUCUCAGCAUGCAGAGAGCGUAGUGUGAACUGUUGACCAAGUCGCUCGCUAUGUGAUUGACAAACACGGGGGACCAAUAUGCACGGAAUA